AUGAAAAUUUUAUUGAGUCUCACACUUUUAAGCUUGACAAAUGUUUGUGCGUUUCUUACAUCAUCAUCUAAACAAGAUAAAGAGAAGCGCAAUGUAACACCAAUUGCCUCGGAGGUUGUAUCAAACCCUCAGUUCACUCAUGAAAUGAUCCAGUUCAUCCUAAGAGCUGAAAGCUUGGGAACAAAUUUUGUUACAAACUUUUUAUUUUGUUUGUACGAGGGACGAGAAAUGAAAACCCCUUGCUUGCCAACUCUAACAUUAAACAUGCUCUUCGACUCUAGUGAAUGCUCAUGUUACUUGUUACAUAAUAAGUAA